CAAUAUUUAGCUCAACUCUGCAGUCUAGCUACACACAAUAGAGCGCAGCCGCGGCGUGAUAUGGUUCUAUGAUGGUUCUUUGCUGUUGGCUAGAUAUAUAUGCUGCUAGCUACUAGGUGCGUCAUCCCCUUGCUAUGCGCGGGUUAAGUAUAUAUACACAGUAUAUAAAAAGUAUAUAAAGUCUUGCUGCUGGCUUGAGCUCCUUGGAUACACCUAUCUGCUUCUGCUAGCUUUCUUUACAGAGACGACAGGAUAGCUAGAGCCGAGGGAGAGAUCAGGGUCGACGAUAGAUGGGGGUGCAUGGGGCUGUUGCCAAACGACCCUGCAGCAGGCAGCAUCUCCUCCUCCUCGUCGUCGCUAUUCUCAUAGGUAGCUACUUCGCCGCCGCCGCCGCCGCCGCUGCGGACGAGCAGAAAAGCAGGAAUAGAGGAGCUGGUCGUCGCAGCCGCAGGAGGCGGGCCGCGGCGGCAGUGACGUCGCCGCCUGCGCCCCUCAUGGUGCCCAUCACCAUCCUCGAGUCCGCCGUCGACUUGGGAGCCGUGUGCAUGGACGGAACACCGCCUGCUUACCACCUGCACCCGGGCUCCGGAGCAGGGAACAACAGCUGGAUCGUCAACCUGGAGGGAGGCGGCUGGUGCAACAACGUGAGGGCGUGCCAGUUCCGCAAGGCGAGCCGGCGCGGCUCGUCGGACCUGAUGGAGAAGGAGAUCCCCUUCUCCGGCAUCAUGAGCAGCAGCCCUGUCGACAACCCUGAUUUCUACAACUGGAACCGGGUGAAGAUCCGCUACUGCGACGGCGCGUCCUUCGCCGGCGAAGCCUUCGACAAGGUGAACGGGUUUUACUUCCGCGGGCAGCGCGUCUGGGACGCCACCGUCCGGCACCUCCUCUCCAUCGGGAUGGCCGCUGCGGACCAGGUGUUGCUCGCUGGCUGCUCCGCCGGCGGGCUGGCGGUCAUACUGCACUGCGACCAGUUCCAGGCCUUCUUCCCUCGGUCCAACAACGCCGCCGCCGCCGGCGGUACCACCACCACUACUACCGUCAAGUGCCUCGCCGACGCCGGCCUCUUCCUCGACGCCAUCGACGUCUCCGGCGGGCGCAGCCUUCGGUCCUACUACUCCGACAUCGUGGCCAUGCAGGGGGUGGGUCCCAACCUGCCGCCGGCGUGCACUGCCCGUUUGGACACCGCCUCGUGCUUCUUCCCUCAGAACGUGAUCGAUGGCGUAAACACCCCCAUCUUCCUGCUCAACGCAGCGUACGACGCCUGGCAGAUACAGGAGAGCCUGGCACCCAGCGGAGCUGACCCCAGCGGAGCCUGGCGAGCCUGCAAGUCCAACCACUCUGCCUGCGACGCGACCCAGAUGAAAUUCCUGCAAGGUUUCAGGGACCAGAUGGUAGCGUCCGUGUUGGGCGGGCGCUUCGCCGGCUCCAGGAGCAACAACGGGCUCUUCAUCAACUCCUGCUUCGCGCACUGCCAGUCCGAGCUGCCGGCCACCUGGAGCUGGAGCCACGCGGCAGGUGCCUCCCCCGCCAUCCAAAGCAGGGGGAUUGCCAAGUCAGUGGGCGACUGGUACUUCGGUCGAGCUCAAGUCAAGGCGAUCGACUGCCCCUACCCCUGCGACGGAACAUGCCGCAACAUCAUAUGAUCACAGACAGACAGGCUCAUGUUGUUGUACCCUGUGGCUUUGUGCCGCACACGUCGGCCGUGUCCGCUGCAGCUUGCAUAACUCUCGUGGGCCACUAAAAGCCGACGGAAUUAAUUGAUUCUCGUCGGUGGUCAACAGAAAUUAAUUAAACCUUGUCCACAAAGUCCCAUCGGUUCUCAAGAACCGACGAGAAUUACUAAUUUUCGUCGAUAUAUUGCUUAUUCUCAGGUGUGAGAAAUGUUCCCGUCAUUAUUCAUCAAGAAUGGCACUCGACAUGUGUGUUUUGCCGAAUGUCCGAUAAAUUGCACUUAAUAAAUCGUUGCAAAGAGUAA